UCGGCACAGACCAGCAGCUGUAGGACCCAGCGGUAGUAAAACUGUGUGUGACCGUGGAGGAAAGAUGGCGGCCCCUGCUCUCUCCGGUCGGGCUGGCUCGGCGGGCAGCCUCGGGAACAGCCCCACCAUGGCCGCCGGCAGGCUGCCGCACGGCGGCGGCGGCGGCGGCGUCGGGCCCGAGCUCGACUUCAGGUCGGCGGCCCGCAUGGAGGACCUGAACCGGCUCAUCCAGGAGUUCAGCAAGCACGACCAGCGGGAGUACGACGACCAGCGGGCUCUGGAGAUCCACACGGCCAAGGACUUCAUCUUCUCCAUGCUGGGAAUGGUCCAGAAGUUGGACCAGAAGCUCCCGGUGGCCAAUGAGUACCUCCUCCUGUCGGGAGGCGUUCGCGAGGGUGUGGUGGACAUGGACCUGGACGAGCUGAGCGUCUACGCCCGCGGCACGGACUACGACAUGGACUUCACUCUGCUGGUCCCGGCGCUCAAACUCCACGACCGCAACCAGCCGGUGACCCUGGACAUGAGGCACUCGGCCCUGGGCCACUCCUGGCUCAGCCUCCGCCUCUUUGAUGAAGGAACCAUCAACAAGUGGAAGGACUGCUGCACCAUCGUCGACCACAUCAACGGGACCACCAACUACUUCUUCUCUCCGACGCUGGUGGCCGACUGGUUCUACCAGUCCAUCUCCCUGGUGCUGCUGGAGGUGCAGAAGAAGCCGCAGAGAGGGAUGCCGAGAGUGGAGAAGGUGGAGAGGAACGGCACCAUCAUCUCCGUCAUCCUGGGCGUCGGGAGCAGCCGGAUGCUCUACGACAUCGUCCCUGUGGUGUCGUUUAAGGGCUGGCCGGCCGUUGCUCAGAGCUGGCUGAUGGAGAACCACUUCUGGGAUGGGAAGAUCACAGAGGAGGAGGUAAUCAGCGGCUUCUACCUCGUCCCCGCCUGCUCCUACAAGGGCCGCAAGGAGAACGAGUGGCGGCUGUCGUUCGCCCGCAGCGAGGUGCAGCUGAAGAAGUGCAUCUCGUCCAGCCUGAUGCAGGCCUACCAGGCCUGCAAAGCCAUCAUCAUCAAGCUGCUGUCUCGCCCCAAAGCCAUCAGCCCCUACCACCUCCGCAGCAUCAUGCUGUGGGCCUGCGACCGCCUCCCCGCCAACUACCUGGCGCAGGACGACUUCUCCGCCCACUUCCUGCUCGGCCUGAUCGACGACCUGCAGCACUGCCUCGUCAACAAGAUGUGUCCCAACUACUUCAUCCCCCAGUGCAACAUGCUGGAACACCUGUCGGACGAGACGGCCAUGCUGCACGCCCGCAAACUCUCCUCGGUGCGCUCCGACCCGGCCGAGCACCUCCGCACCACCAUCGAGCAUGCCAAGGCGGCCAACAGGCUGACGGUGGAGCUGCAGUGGCGGGGCAGCUCCAACAACCUGCCGUCGCCACAGUCCGACGCCGGCGGAGAGAACCAGCCCGACGACCGGCUGGCCAAGAAGCUUCAGCAGCUCGUCACGGAGAAUCCCGGGAAAUCCAUCUCGGUCUUCAUCAACCCGGACGACGUCACGCGACCGCACUUCCGCAUCGACGACAAGUUCUUCUGAGACUGAAAACGAUCUCCAAGACCUCUUCCUCCUCCUCCUCCUCCUCUUCUUCCUCCUCUUUCUCUCUGCCUUCCUCCUCCUCCUCGCCCGGUGCCCCGCCUCCUCUGAAACUUUGUUUUUUACAUUUUUUAUGUUUCUCUGCCACAGAGUGAAGUGAGGUGAUCGUCUAGUUGUGUCCGCCACAGUUUUUUAAUUUUUAUUUUUCUACCCCCUUUCCCCUCUUCCCUCCUCUUUCACUGUGUGCCCUGUGUUUUUUUUACCUGCUGAAUGCCUUUUAAAUAGACAGCUGAAUAGCAGCAGGUUGUUUUUAAAACUUAAGGAUGAGGCGAAGAUCCACCUUCAGAUGGAAUUCGUGUUCCUACGUUGCGGCAGUUUAAUGUAAUUAUCAGGGAUCCCGGAAAUGAGACGAGACCACCCACCCGAAAACAUCGCAGGAGCUUGUUCAGAGCAUAUUUUGGGUUCACUGACCCAGUGAAGGGUCAGAUUUGAAGCCUGUAGUAAUCAGGUAACGUGAAGCUACUAUCGUCCAACUUAAAAUACGAUGUAAUCACUAGCUAGUCUUUACCGCUGAAAGAAUAAAAACUCAUAUCACAUAUCAACUGGAACUGACACGAGAUAAAACAUUUUAAAAGAUGACACUAAAUAAUCUGUAAAAAAUGAAACAUUCGAGCAAAUGUUGGAAACUUUUUAUCACAGAAUCACAAUUUCAAGAAUCCGAUCAAUCGGUUUAUUUAUUUAUUUUAAUUUGCUCUUUUCUACUCAUGAAUUAUGACUAAUUUAAUAAUUAAGAUUUAGUUGAAUGAAAUAAUAAUGAGAUAGGACCACAAAUAUACAAGCCCAUAAUGAAUCAGUACGGUGAGCACCUCCGAUACUAAGUCAUAACUAUGAGAAGCUACCUGAUAUAGGCCAUUAAUAUUAUGAGAAUUUAUGAGAAUGUUUCUCAUAACAAUUUGGUUAUGAGUCCGUGAUAGGUACUUAUUUCUCAUAAUUCAAUUACAAGGUUUCUUAUGAUUUUUUUUAAUGAAAUUAUGAGAAUAUCUUAUCAAUAUAUCCUUGGUCAGUUAUGAGAUAUUAUCUUAUAAUUAGUAUUGAGGAGGUGACAACAACCUAAAGUGGGAGGUUUUUGUUUUUUUUUAAAUUUUUUUUCUUUAUUUUUAAAACACAAACUUAAAACACCGGAACGUCACUCUCAUGUCCACGUCGUUCGUGGUUCCACACCGAGCCUGGAACAGCAACGAGAUUGUAGAUCGAGACUGUAUAGAAGAAGGCGGGGAUGCCAAAUGGCGCCGACCGUCUCAGAGCCGGGAGCAAAGGUAACAGAGUUGUGUCUGAAGGUGGAUUUUGUCCCUCCGAGGAAUGUCUUAGUCCCGCUGGGGAAUGAUGGUACUAACGUCUUAGAAAACUAACUGUAAAUAGAAGAAAACUGACUGAACACUGGUGUGCGUAGACAGAAAGUGAACUAGAGACUGAUAACGAUGUGUGGACUACUUUUCGUCUAACUUUGCACAGAAUGUACAAAAACACUUUUCCUCUCGACGGUGGACGUCGCGUUCGUCCUGAUUCUGAAACGAUGCAUCAUAUCAUUAGACGGGUGACACUCUACCGAAGAAUCAUCGUACGGCACGAUUUAAAUGUGCGUAUUAACCAGUGGAACAGCAGCCUGUGCACAGUGACACCGCGGUAAUACUUCACCAGGGCGUCGC